ACAUCACAGACUAGGAGCUGGAUCCAGCCCUGGAGCAGCUGACUACAAUAACGUGUUAAAAAACAAAGCCUGUCUUGUUCUCUUUGUAUCAGUGUAUUCUGGACUUUGCUUCAUUGAUUCUCUUUGAUCCAGCUGGUACAGUGGCACAGCUUCGAUUAGUGCUCCUCUCUGAACAACUGCCAGUGUAACAGUGCUUUAGUGUGGAUCUUACAGAGAAUGUCAGAAAGACGAGGACUGAGGGCAGACUCCACCCACUUCACUUUAGAUGGAGCCCCAUUUCGGAUCCUCGGAGGCUCCAUCCAUUACUUUCGGGUCCCCAGGGCAUACUGGAGAGACCGGCUGCUCAAACUCAAGGCCUGCGGACUCAAUACUCUCACCACGUACGUACCGUGGAAUCUUCAUGAACCAGAAAGAGGAGUUUAUCUUUUUCAGGAGGAGCUGGAUCUUGAGGCAUACAUUCGUCUAGCUGGGGAAUUAGACCUUCGGGUAAUCCUGCGUCCAGGACCGUACAUAUGUGCCGAGUGGGAUUUGGGCGGCUUACCAAGCUGGCUGCUGCAGGAUAAGAAAAUGAAAUUAAGAACGACCUACUCUGGUUUCACAAGCGCUGUGAACUCUUACUUUGACAGACUCAUUCCAAGAGUCACACCCCUCCAGUAUAAGAAUGGAGGCCCUAUUAUUGCUGUUCAAGUAGAGAACGAAUACGGUUCCUAUGCUAAAGAUGAGCAAUACAUGUCCUUCAUCAAAGAGGCGUUACUGUCCCGGGGAAUCUCAGAGCUUCUCCUCACGUCAGACAACCAUGAAGGGUUGAAGUGCGGAGGGGUGGAUGGAGUCUUGCAGACGGUGAAUCUACAGAAACUGAUGUUCGGUGAUGUGCAGCAUUUAGCAGAACUGCAGCCGCAGAAGCCGCUGAUGGUGAUGGAGUAUUGGUCUGGCUGGUUUGAUGUCUGGGGGGAACCUCAUCAUGUUUUCUCUGCGCCAGAAAUGAUCUCCAUAGUGCGAGAGCUUCUGGAUCGUGGCCUCUCCAUCAAUUUCUACAUGUUUCACGGAGGAACCAGCUUUGGGUUCAUGAACGGAGCAGUUGACUUGGGAACCUACAAACCACAGACGAGCAGCUACGAUUACGAUGCUCCACUGACCGAAAGUGGUGAUUAUACAACCAAGUAUCAUCUCUUGAGGAGCUUGCUGAGCACCUGCACCAAUGAGCCGAUAUCAGAGCCGCCAGCCGCGCAGAGCAGAAGAGCAUACGAGUCGGUGGCGGUUACUCAUUAUGUUUCGCUAUGGGAAAGUCUUCAGUGCGCAGAAACGCUUUUCAGAGCUGAUGAUCCUGUCAACAUGGAGAGCCUUCCGGUAAACCACAACAAUGGUCAGUCGUACGGAUACACACUCUAUCAGACUGACAUUUAUUCAGGUGGAGAUCUCAACUCGAGGAACCAUGUUCGUGACAGGGCUCUAGUGUUUAUUGAUAGAGAGCUGAUUGGUGUUUUGGACUAUAGAACACAGAAAGUUAAAAUACCCCACAGUAAGAGUGAGAGGACAUUGAGUUUGCUUGUUGAGAACUGUGGACGAGUGAACUAUGGUCCAGCUCUUGACAAUCAGCAGAAAGGACUUGUUGGUGAUAUAACUCUGGACAAUGUACCUUUAAAAAAGUUCACCAUGCACUGUUUGGAUAUGAAGACCAGUUUCAUAAGCAGACUGCAGUCCCAGAAAUGGACGUCUGUCGGUACGAAACCCACCUAUCCUGCGUUUUUCAGAGGAUCGCUGGCUGUGGAUCAGCCCGCAGAUACUUUUGUGAAGCUGCCAAAUUGGACUAAAGGAGUGGUUUUUGUGAACGGGCAAAAUCUCGGCCGCCACUGGUCGGUGGGUCCUCAGAAAACCAUCUAUCUUCCUGGUCCCUGGCUCAGAAGUGGAGACAAUGAGAUAAUUGUUUUUGAGGAACUCAAAGCUGCGGAAACAAUCAAUUUUGCUGAAAAUCCAGAAUAUGGCAAGACAGUCGAAGUAUCCACACAACUGUUUUGCACCCUCAUAUGAAACACGCUUGCAGCUCAACAAUGAAAUCUCAGGCUUACCUUCAUCAAAACAGAACUGAUCUUUACAGGUGAAUAGUACUGACUUCCCCAGUUGAUUAAUCAUAUCAAAUUAAGACAGCUGUUUUGUAUUACUGUUUCUUUUUUUGUUUGAAUAUGCAAAUUAAACAUCUGAUUAAACAUACUAAUUUGCAAACAUUUCCAACAGACGUCUUAACGCUGGCUAAAACCUGAUCUCUUUCUAUCACUCUAUACAUCAGAAAAUACUGUCAAAGGCAAGGCACUUUCCAAUUCAUGACCUUUAACAUAUAUACAAAAAGACCCCCUCUUCAGAAUUUAAUUGAGAAUAAACCGCCUGUAAAAACAUUGACACACAGUAAAAUCCAAUAGUUUACUUUACUUAGUGAGCUGUAGUUAUACUUACUACGUUUUCUUAAGUUACAGCAACUGUCAAGGAUUGACUAUUAUAUAUAUAUAAUAGUAUAUAAUAGUAUUUCACUAGUAGAAUUCACCUGUUUCAAAAAAAAAAUCAUCAUUGUUGAAUUUUCAAUGUCAGAUUUUCCUGAAACGUUUUAUUUUUAACUUUUUUUUUUUUUUUUUACUUACCAUUACAGUGAUCAGCGUUCCCUUUGGUCGGACUCUUUGUCUAUAUUGUAAUAUUUUUUUCUUAUUAAUGCAACAUGAAAUUUUGACUUGAAACAUGAAUUUGGUUUUGAGGGAAGAAAGAUAAUAAAUAGGUUGCUUUCGGAAGGUGUAAUUUACUUAUUAUAUAGCUUACUUAUUAUAUAAUUUUUUUAUUUUAGUCUAUUCAUGUUUGUGUACUUAUUAACAAUCUUUUACACGUUCAAUGCUUUUCAUAAACCACUUGAGAAGCUUUUAAUUUGGAUGAAAUAAUACUUAAAAAAGCAUGUGAAUCACAACAAUGGUAACAAUUAAAUUUCUUUUUUUUAUUCAUUGUAUUAGCCUUUUAUUUGCUCUUUUUAUUAUGCUACAGCUAACACAAGACAGCAAAUGAAAUUUGCUAAUAAAAACAACAACAACUGUAAGACAAAGCAAUUGCAUAAUUUAUCCUGCCACAAUGCACUCUGUCAGUCAAUGAGUAGCUAUAAUAAGUCAUGAGUAAUCCUAAAGAAUCAAGUACACCCUACAGUUCUUUUUUUAGUCACUAUUACUCUUGAGUAAACAAUACCAAGCAUUUUUCAGUACAACAUAUUAUUAUCUAUUUCCCUUUUUUUUUAAGGAAUUCAGUUUCAAUGCUUUUUUUUUAAGUAAGCCUAACUAAUUAGAUUUUACAAUGCAGUUUUUACAGUUUUUGCACAUACAAUUUUAUAUUUAAAGGGAAUUUUGGCUUCAUACAGAGGAAAAAAAACAGCCUUAGUGUUAUAGUACAGACAGAGUAAGGAUAAUCUUUAAUGAAAUAAAUAUUUAAAUGUGCAUUUUAGAUAUUUUCUUUCCACUAGUUUGAUAAAGGACAUAUAAAAAAAAGCAUAUACAAAAAUGUACCAUUGCAUGAAAAACAAACUAGAUUUAGCUUGUAGUGUCUUGUCUAAUAAUGUAUGUAUGUAAUAAUGUACCAACUGUAUUAGCAUAGAUAAUAUAAAUAAGCACAACAUAUAUUACUUGCAACAGGAUCCUCUAAAAUAAAAGAACAUGCACAGGGUAGUAUACACUUCCAUAAGAGCUAAGAGCGCUGAAUUGCUUUGUCAGAUCGCUGUUUUUGUUUACUUUCUUUUUUUAUUCAUUGUUUCUGCUUCAUUGAUAACCAUUUAUCAUUAAUUUAUUAUUCAAUUUAACCAUAUAAUACUUUCUAAAAAUCAUUUUAACCAUUUAUAUACCCAUUUCAUUGAUUCAUUUAUCGAUCAGUCGUUUAUAUAAUUUUUUUUCAUUGUUUAGUUUAAUGAUUGUUUGAGAUGUUUGUCUUCACAAGUAAAUAUAAUGUCUCCAUUUCAAGGUUUUUAAUGUCACACGCCGUUUUUGAGAAGCAGUAAUUUUCCAUUGCUUGUGGUAUAAUAACACUUGUUGGAUUUAUCCUGUUUAGACAAAGUGAGAUUAUUAUACUACUAUACUAUUAUACUAAGAUAAUUCAAUAAACUGCUCCUUUUUUAAUCAUCAUAA